GUUUGGUGUUCCGUGGGUACAUGUAAUUCUUGUUAUGUUUCAGUCGUUUACGCACCUCUGUUAGCGCCUCCAUUGUUUACUUCAGGACCAUCUAAAAUUCUACAGCUAUAUAAUUAUGCCUCCGUUGGAUAUGUCGUAAGCCAUGAAACUGGCCACGCCUUCGAUGAUGAUGGGAGGUUUUUAAAUGAACAUCGUCAGAAAACUCCGUUGUGGUCAGUAAAUACUAAUGAGCGAUUCGAGGAGAAGAAAUCCUGUUUCGUUGAACAAUUUAACAGUUACGACAUCCCAGGAAUAAGAAAUGAAACUACUGGACAGCCUAUUAAAGAAAAUGGUGAGAGGACAUUCAAUGAAAAUUUAGCCGACUCCAUUGGAUUGAGAGCGGCCUUUGCCGGUUUUCAGAAAGCCAGCCAAAAUUUGCAAUUGGAAAGACUUCCAUAUUUGGAGGAAUAUGACCAUAAUCAGCUGUUUUUCAUCUCGUACGCCAAUCUUUGGUGCGAAUACAAGAGCCAGAAUUUUUUGAGAACUUCAGUUUUGAAUAAGAAUAGAGAACACAGUGAAAGCUGUUUGAGGACCAAUGGUGUAGUUUCAAACAUGGUGGAGUUUAGUAAAGCCUUCAAAUGUAAACCGAACGACAAAAUGAAUCGGCCGCAGAAAUGCAAAUUGUGGUGAUAAUAUAGUAGUGAAGUACCAAAAAGGGUUCUUCAGGUUUAUUAAAACAGAAUUCUCUCAAAAUCUCUAUUGCUACACGAAUGUCUCCUAGAAUAAAAUUAAUUUAUGGAUUUUUUUUCUCAUAUAUUCAAUAUAUCGAUUUCAAUUUCUCUAAAAAAUGAUUUAUAUUGGGUUAUCGGAUCAAUACAUUCGCUUUUUUGCCGUUCCCGAA